AAAGGGGGAGGGGGCCCGCGUUUCGCAGAAGACAUGCGUUCCGGCAGGAAGAGGUGGACUGUGUGCACCAUAAGUCUUCUCCUCAUCUUCUAUAAGACGAAGGAAAUAACACGGACCGAGGAGCGCCAGGAGGCAGCUUUCGCCGGAGAUGGUAUACUGAGUUUGAGUCGAUCAAUGAUCAAUAGCUCCGAUAAGAUAAUUCAAAAGGGUGGCUCCUCAAUUUUCCAACACGCUGCAGAAGGUUGGAAAAUCAAUUCUUCUUUGGUAAUGGAAAUAAGGAAGAAUAUUCUUCAGUUCUUGGAUGCUGAAAGAGAUGUUUCAGUGGUCAAAAGCAGCUUCAAGCCCGGAGAUGUAAUUCAUUAUGUACUGGACAGACGUCGCACUCUAAACAUUUCUCAGGAUUUGCACAGCCUUCUCCCUGAAGUUUCCCCAAUGAAAAAUCGCCGAUUUAAAACCUGUGCAGUUGUUGGGAAUUCUGGCGUCCUUCUGAAGAGUGGUUGUGGAAAAGAGAUUGACAGCCAUGACUUUGUAAUAAGGUGCAAUCUAGCUCCUGUGGUGGAGUAUGCUGCCGAUGUGGGAACUAAAUCUGAUUUUAUUACCAUGAACCCAUCAGUUGUACAAAGAGCAUUUGGAGGCUUUCGGAAUGAGAGUGACAGAGAAAAAUUUGUGCAUAGACUAUCCAUGCUGAAUGACAGUGUCCUUUGGAUCCCAGCUUUCAUGGUCAAAGGUGGAGAGAAGCAUGUGGAGUGGGUUAAUGCAUUAAUCCUUAAGAAUAAAUUGAAAGUGAGAACUGCCUAUCCAUCACUGAGACUUAUUCAUGCUGUCAGAGGCUAUUGGCUGACAAACAAGGUGCACAUUAAACGACCCAGCACUGGUCUUCUCAUGUAUACACUUGCCACCAGAUUUUGUGAUGAAAUUCACCUGUACGGAUUUUGGCCAUUCCCAAAGGAUUUACAUGGAAAACCAGUCAAGUAUCACUAUUAUGAUGAUCUGAAGUAUCGAUACUUUUCUAAUGCCAGUCCUCAUAGGAUGCCAUUAGAGUUUAAAACAUUGUAUGUGUUACAUAAUAGAGGAGCACUUAAAUUAACAACUGGGAAAUGCAUACAGCAAUAAAGCACAAGUAUUGUACAAUAAAUACAGAAUACACUCCUUAUCAUAAAGAUGUUGUGAAAUGGCAGUGGGACCACAGUGGGGAUUUGUUUCAAUACCCCCUAAGUCAUUGGAAGAACGUGUUAUAUCAGAAGUACAUAACCAGCUAUUAUACCUGUAAAGUGCUAUAUAACUAAGCUAUCUUUACUGCAAGGGUUCAAGUGCCACUUUCACUAAGAACAAAGCUUGAAUGUAUGCUCAGUAGUGUUUACAGGAUGCAGUGACACAUUCAUCACGAAUUAAAGAAGAAAAAGAGCCUGCCAAUUUGCAGCUGUGGUCAGACAGCCCACACAAGAAUACCCAGUGGAUGGAAUAUUUACUUGAGUAAAUAAAUCAGGCUUUGGCAGAAAAUAUCACGAUGGAUUUGAGUAGAGAAAGUGAAGUCAGUAAGAUCAAAAAAAAUCAGUAAAUGCCUUCAGUCAGAGAACUGUUUCUGAUACUGUAUUAUAACCUCAGCUUUUGUUGCUGUUUUUCGUAUUGCCGUUGAUUGGGUUUUGUUGCUUUUAAGUUUUGGAGCACUUACAAGAUUUCAAGAAUGUUAUGAGUAAUUACAUUUUUUAUCUUAUGGAAUUGUUGUAAUGAAAAAAGAUUUGUAAGCAUGAGAGGGUGGAAUGGAACAUCAAAUAUUUUAUCAAGUGUUAUUGUGUUGCAUCCUGCUGUCACACAGUCCUUAACAUCCCAAUUGUUUUUCUAGCUACUAUUGUCAGUACCCAUUACAUGAAACCACACAGAAACCAUUUUGAUCUGACUUACAAGUUUUUCUCUCCUGUACAGAUUUGAAGAUAUUCAAGAAGGUGACCUUGUUUUCAGUGCCAAAGAUUACUUUUAUACACAUUUUUCCCUUAUCUUGGAGAAAUGGUGUGGAUUUAUCUUUCUUUGCUGUUUAAAGGAACAUAUUCUUUGUUAUUUAUAUUUUUAAGCAUCUCAAAUCAAAGCCUCUUUAUAGACUUCACAUAUAGAAUUCUUCAGAAAAAUCUGCAGGAGUAAAGAAAUUACUUCAUGCAUUCAAAUAUAUAUGUAUGUGUAUGUGUAUAUAUACACACACACGUAUAUAUAUAUGUAUGUGUAUAGUUUUAUUCUUGGUGGAAAGAAAAAGUCUAAAGAAACUCAGGUGACAGUGGAACUAAAGGGAAAAAAAUACAGUUCUUUUAAACUUCUAAUGCUGUUAAAUUAUCUCUUUAUUUAAUAUACCUCUUGUAUAAUCUAGAUGUUCUAAUGUGUAACUGACUGAAAUAACACAUUAUCUCACAGUUGGUUUUUUGAUCAUCAGUCUUGUUUAUAAAAAAAAAAAAAAAAAGUUCUUUCACUUCCUUCUUUCCAAAAAAAAGAAAACAAGAAAUUACAGGAGCAAAGGAGAGUGUGGAGUGUCAGUACAGCGUACAUUAGGAAGCAAAAUUUGUCAUUCUGUGAUGUAUUUUAGUGUUAAAGGAGCACAUAAAUAGGUAACAUCAUGGUUUCGUAUCUUGCCUGUUAUGCUUGGCUAAGGAGUAGGCAUGCAGAUAUAAUGUAUGGAUAUUUUCUUGUUACAUUUUCAGAGCUACAUCAGGUCCUGAUCUCCAAUUAUAUUCAGUGUAUCUACUGAUUUUUUAAUCAGUUGAACAAUUUAAUAUGUUUUAUCACUCUCACAAACAUUUACUAGCUGACAAUGCUCUUUAUUACCUAUUUUCUUCUCUUAAAUUCAUUAUUUCAUCGUGCAUGAUUUGAGAUCUGGGAUUAUUGGUAGCUAAAUCAGUGCCUUGCAUUCAAAUAUUACAGGAAGUAGAAAGUCAGUUCUGUUAUAUGUAAGAUAGAGUAACAUCUUUCUUAUUCACAAGACUCUUGUACUUAGGACAGUUCACUUUGGCCCACAUGCUAAUGUGCAAUAAGUGGUCCUAACAUUAAACUCACUGAAACCAAGACAUCAAGAGGAAGUAAACAGCCAUGCAGACUGGAAUGUGUUUCAUUUGAUGUUUAUAAACCAGAGGGUGCUAUUUGUUCACUAUGUACACGUUCAUUUUAAUACAAGGUUAUUUCUUCAA